UUCCACAGCACAGCUACGGCACACAAAAUCUGAAAAUAAACUCACUAAAAACCUGAAGUAUUCUCACAGCUCGUCUUUCAAAAUAUGCAGUAAAGUGUAAGUACAGCAUGAUACAAACGAAAAGGCUCUGAUGAAUAUUUUAGGAUUUUAAAUAUCAUCAAUGAUGGAGGCAACCAAUAUGGAACCUCCAGAAGAUGAUUCAAAAGACAACAGUCUGUCAACUGACCAAUCAGUAACAUCGGCUGAUGAAGCACGUCUCACAAUCCCAGAUGAUGAUGAUAUUGCAAAACAACAAAAUUCAUCUGACACAUUUGAUAAACCGCUGUCCAAAAAUCAACUGAAAAAACAGAAGCGGCAUGAAAAAUGGCUGGUCAGACGAUCAGAGAGAAGGAAGGUGGAAAGGGAAAAACGAAAGCAGAAACGGAAGCAGAUGUCUGCAGAAUGCGCAACCGAAGGCUUUGGCCCACCGGUAAAUAAGAUACGCAAGAUGGAUGACCCAGAGGCAAGUGAUGUUAAGGUCGUCAUUGAUUGUAGUUUUGAUCAACUAAUGAAUAUUUUUGAUGUAAAAAAGCUUGUGAAACAGCUUCAGCGAUGUUAUGCAGAAAAUAGACGAGUUGAAAAACCAUUGCAAUAUUAUGUGUGCAGUUUCAAGGACAAAACCAAAGAAGUAUUUGAUAGUAGCAUUCAGGGGUACAAACAAUGGGAUGUUAACUUUGAGGGUCUGGAUCCAGAGUCUAAAUUUGGAAAAGAUAAGCUUGUGUUCCUGGCAGCAGAAUCACCAAACGUCCUGCAGAAUCUUGACCCACAGAAGGUGUACAUCAUCGGUGGCCUAGUGGAUCACAAUCACCACAAGGGUGUGUGUUUCCAGUAUGCACUUGAUAGAGGCUGGGAGCAUGCUCAGUUGCCCAUUGGAGAUAAUAUCCAAAUGAAGUCAAGGAAAGUUCUAGCAGUGAAUCAUGUUUUUGAAAUAUUAUUGCAGUUUGUACAAUGUAAUGACUGGCUGCAAACCAUUAGCAAAGUUAUUCCACUUAGGAAACAAGUGAUAGAACAAGAGGAAAGCCAAUCAGAUCUUACAAAAAACAAAGAAGUGGCAGAAAAACAAGAGAAGAGCCAAUCAGAUGAAACAAAAAACAAAGAAGUAACAGAAACACAAGAGGAGAGCCAAUUAGAUCAGCUAAACAACAGAGGGGUAUUGGCAACUGACAAAGAACUAUCAGAUAUUCCAGGUGAUGUUUUGAAUUCUGCUGCUGAUUCUAGGGCUGUGGGUAUCCCUGAGGAAUCAGAUGUUGUGAAGUCACUAACUGGUCAUGAAAGUAAAGACCUUAAGAGUGACCCUGCUGAAGAACCUAAUGGCGGUGAUGUUGAAGAUGGAAGCUGAUAUGAAAG